AUGCCACCCAAGCGCAAGUCUGAACGCGCUGCGAGCGCAACUGAGUCUGUCGCAACGCCUUCUAAACGGCUUCGAAAUACCGUAGAUGCAACCCCAGCUUCUGCGCCAUCUGAUUCAGUGGUUGAUGCUACACCUCAGAUAGAUGAAAAGAGAGGCCGUGGCCGUCCACGCAAAUACCCCGCGACCUCGACUCCCAAGCCUGCUUCUGAGACCCCUAAGCGUGGCCGUGGUCGCCCACGGAAGAUUGUUUCCGAGCCAGCACCUGCGGUUGUAACCUCACCAGGCCCCAAGAGAGGCCGUGGGCGUCCCCGCAAGAACUCAGGGGCUGCGACACCCGUCACCCAGAAGAUCAAGAAGAAGGAUGGCCGUGGAAGACCCCGCAAGAACCCUCUUCCAAAUGGAGAAGCCAAAACUACCGAACCGCAGGUCACACCUGCGGUCGACAUCAUCCCUGAAACAGGCCGCUCUUUCUGGUUGAUGAAGGCCGAGCCUGAAUCUCGCCUAGAGAAGGGCAAAGACGUGAAGUUCUCUAUUGAUGACCUGGCUGCUGCAGAUGCACCCGAGCCUUGGGAUGGUGUGCGCAACCAUGUUGCCAAAAACCUCAUGCGCGAUAUGAAGAAGGGAGAUUUUGCAUUCUUCUACCACUCAAACUGCAAAGUCCCCGGGGUUGUGGGAGUGAUGGAGAUUGUCCAGGAGCAUUCCACUGAUGAGUCCGCUUUCGACUCAGAACACCCAUACUACGACCCGAAGUCCACACGAGAUGAUCCAAAGUGGGUUGUCGUCCAUGUUGAAUAUCGCCGCAGACUUGAGAAGCAAGUCACCCUCCAGGAUCUGAAGGCUCAUGGCCAGACCGGAAAGCCGCUUGAGAAUCUUCAAAUGAUUCAGCAAUCCCGGCUUAGUGUGUCUUGUGUGACUCCGGCACAAUGGAAAUACAUACUGGAGCUGGCAGGCGAGGAACCACAAGAGGAGUUCACCAAGAAGGAGUCCGGCGAGCAAGAGGAGUCCGGGCAAGAGGAGUCCGGCGAGAAAGAGGAGUCCAGCGACAAGGAGGAGUCCAGCGACAAGGAGGAGUCCAGCGAGCAGGAGGAGGAAUAG